AGUCGGAGUGCUGUUUUUGUUGGUGGUGAAAGGUGAGGGGAACAGCUGAUCCGUCUGUGGGGACAGCAGGCAUCUUGACAGAAUGGAAGAGUCGUCACUGUGCCGGGCACCGUCCCGAGGUGGGGUCAACUUCCUGAAUGUGGCCCGGACGUACAUCCCCAACACCAAGGUGGAAUGUCACUACACUCUGCCUCCAGGCACCAUGCCCAGUGCCAGCGACUGGAUUGGCAUUUUCAAGGUGGAGGCUGCUUGUAUUCGGGAUUAUCACACAUUUGUAUGGUCUUCAGUGCCAGAAAGUACAACUGACAGUUCUCCCACACAUGCCAGUGUUCAAUUCCAAGCCAGCUACCUGCCCAAACCAGGAGCCCAACUCUACCAGUUCCGCUAUGUGAGCCGCCAGGGCCGGGUAUGUGGGCAGAGCCCCCCUUUCCAGUUCCGAGAGCCAAGGCCCAUGGAUGAGCUCGUGAUGCUGGAGGAAGCUGACGGGGGCUCUGAUAUCCUGCUAGUGGUCCCUAAGGCCACUGUGCUUCAGAGCCAGCUGGAUGAGAGCCAGCAGGAGCGGAAUGACCUGAUGCGGGUGAAGCUGCAGCUGGAGGCUCAGGUGGCAGAGCUGAGGCGCCGAGUGCAGGAGCUGGAGGCAGCUCUGGCCGCUGCCAGGCAGGAGCAUUCGACGCUCACAGAGCAGUACAAGGGCCUCUCCCGGUCCCAUGGAGAGCUGACAGGAGAGAGGGACGUCCUGAGCCAGCGGCAGGGAGAGCAUGUGGCCCGCAUCCUGGAGUUAGAGGAUGACAUCCAGACCAUCAGUGACAGAGUGCUGAAGAAGGAGGUGGAGCUGGACAGGGUCAGGGACACAGUGAAGGCCUUAACGCGGGAACAAGAGAAGCUCGUGGGGCAGCUGAAGGAGGCCCAGGCAGACAGGGAGCAGAGCGAGGCCGAGCUACAAAUGGCCCAAGAGGAGAACCGCCGCUUAAAUCUCGAGCUGCAGGAGGCUAAGAGCCGGCAAGAAGAGCAGGGUGCUCAGGUCCAGCGACUGAAGGACAAGGUGGCCCACAUGAAGGACACCCUGGGCCAGGCCCAGCAGAAAGCGGCUGAGCUGGAGCCCCUGAAAGAGCAGCUCCGAGGGGUCCAGGAACUUGCUGCCUCAAGCCAACAGAAAGCUGCCCUUCUUGGGGAGGAGCUGGCCAGUGCAGCGGGAGCCAGAGACCGAACCAUCGCAGAGCUGCACCGCAGCCGCCUGGAAGUGGCUGAAGUCAGCGGCCGGCUGGCGGAGCUCAGCCUGCAUGUGAAGGAGGAAAAGUGCCAGUGGAGCAAGGAGCGGGCAGGGCUGCUGCAGAGCAUGGAGGCCGAGAAGGAUAAGAUCCUGAAGCUGAGUGCAGAGAUCCUCCAGCUGGAGAAGACAGUACAGGAGGAGAGGAGCCAGAGCCAUGUAUUCAAGACAGAGCUGGCCCGAGAAAAGGAUUCUAGCCUGGUGCAGUUGUCAGAAAGUAAACGAGAGCUGACAGAGCUGCGGUCAGCCCUCCGGGUGCUUCAGAAGGAAAAAGAGCAGCUGCAGGCAGAGAAACAGGAACUGCUGGAGUACAUGAGGAAACUGGAGGCCCGGCUGGAGAAGGUGGCAGAUGAGAAGUGGAACGAGGACGCUGCCACAGAGGAUGAGGAGGCCACUGCUGGGCUGAGCUGCCCCGCGGCCCUGACAGACUCGGAGGAUGAGUCCCCAGAGGACAUGAGGCUUGCCUCCUAUGGCUUGUGUGAGCGUGGAGACACAAGCCCCUCUCCUGCGCUCCGGGAGGCCUCUUCCCUUGUUGUCAUCAGCCAGCCAGCACCCAUUGCUCCCCACCUCUCAGGGCCGGGGGAAGCCAGCAGCUCUGACUCCGAAGCUGAAGACGAGAAGUCGGUCCUGAUGGCAGCUGUGCAGAGUGGGGGUGAGGAAGCCAGCCUUCUGCUUCCUGAGCUGGGCAGCGCCUUCUACGACAUGGCCAGUGGCUUUGCCGUGGGCUCCCUGUCGGAGGCCAGCUCUGGGGCCCCAGCCACCCCCCCAUGGAAGGAGUGUCCCAUCUGUAAGGAACGCUUCCCUGCGGAGAGUGACAAGGACGCCCUGGAGGGCCACAUGGACGGACAUUUCUUCUUCAGCACCCAGGACCCUUUCACCUUUGAGUGACCGCACUCUUCCCUAUAUGUAGACACACACACACACACAAACACACAGGCACACACACAUAUGCACGAGUACGCGCGCACACGCACACAGACACAGACAUGCACGAGCUCGUGCACACACACACACACAUACACACACACUCAGACAUGUAUGCACUUUGCUCUCAUGCCUCUUUGUAAUCACACUGGGCUCUGUAAAUUCUGUCCCUGUAAACCAGGCCUGCAUCCUGCUUUCUCCCAAGCUCAUAACUGCAGUCACUGUCCUGCAGUCGCAGGUGGGGAUCUGUGUUCAAAGCAGUGGCUGGGUUGACUCUUUGGAAACAGUUUGGAGGAGCCACGGUGGAGGAGGCUUGCCCUGUGAGAACAGAAUUAUUCAUUGCUAGCCCAAGUGUGUGCGCGCACACACACACACACAAACACCCCACUCCCCUCUUUGCCCAAAGCCAACUCCUGGGGCACCCCACCCGCUUUUAUUCAGUUUGUUUAUUGAGUUUUCUCUGGGCCUGCAUGGAGGCAGCAGCAUGGCCUCUCAGCCUCACGGUCUCUCAGUUCUUGGCGACACCGGUUCUUCUGUUACCCGCUGCUCCGCACACCCGCCCUGGCCCUCCCAGGCCUUAGGUCCUAAGUUUGAAGUUUGUUUUGUAUUUUUAAGGACACAUAUAUGGUCUCAUGCCACCCCACACUGCGUCCUCAAGCGGAAAACAAAAUGUAUUUGUGCCUUCUAUGAGGGAUGGGGGACAAGGGAUCCUAGGUGUCCCAGCCCCUCGCCCUUCCAGGCCCCACAGCAAUAAGACCCCCUCUCCUCUCCUCUGUAGUUUGGACAAAUAUAUUUAUAUGAUAUGUGUAA